AUGCCGGCCCGCCAUGUCAACCUAACAGAGUUCCAGAAGCGUUCCCGCCUCCAGCUCGACGAGCAAAUCCUCAUCGUACGUGCUCCUUGCAUGAAAAAUGGCAAGGUCAUACUGACAAUACCUCAGAACCACUCCAGUCUCGAGCUCCAAGAUACAAGCUCCAGCAUCGUCACGAAAUCUCCGAGUAGCUCCAAAGUCUCUUCAUCCACAAGCACGAUUCCAGGGACGACCUCUUCGAGCACCAAGAGCGCGAGUAGCAGCAGCACGAAGUCCAUUACCCCCUAUACUUCAUCGCCCUCGACGACCUCAAGCGCGUCUAAGUCCGAGAAGAGCAGCAGUACGAAACCAGUAUCCUCAUCUACAGCCUCAAGCACUACGAAGUCCGAGAAGAGCAGUAGUACACAGCCCAUAUCCUCCGCGACUUCCCUCUCUACAUCUUCAAGCGCUACGGCGUCCGAGAAGAGCAGCAGCACCACAUCCAAGCAGAGUUCUUCGGCCACCACAUCGCCCAUCACCACGUCAACCAAGAGUGAGUCCAAGAGCAGCUCCAAGGCAUCGACCUCAAGCACGAAGUCCGUCGAAUCUUCGUCAACCAAGCGUUCUACAUCAUCCGAGUCGACCACCACAAGCAGUAGCAAGGUCUACAGCACCCCGGCUACCACCUCCAAAUCGUCCAAGACAACCUCCUCGACUUCUAGCCACACCAGCCCUAUCUCGGCCACCACCCCAUCCACCACCUCAACAUCGCAUUCGACUUCCAUCUCUAAAAGCCACUCCACUUCUACCAGUCACUCUACAUCGACGUCGGCCAGCCACUCCACUACCCACACAGACACUACGACCAAAGGCACCACAUCUAAAUCUUCAACCCUCUCUUUAACUUCUACAGUUCCUACGAGCUCGACGAAACUUACUUCCUCCUCCGCUACAUCUACUCCCAAAUCCAGUACCGUCUCCAGCACAACUUCGUCCAAGCAAUCGAGCACACCUUCGUCUACCAAGUCUUCAACCACCUCGACCAAGGUCACUAGCACACCUACGACCUUGAAGACAUCGAAGACCACAUCCAAAGCUAGCACUUGUGGUUGCACGGACACCGUCACAGUGACUGUCACAGCACCGGGUGGUUAUGCUGCCAUGUAA